AUGGCUGGUAAAGGUUGGUUUCGUCCGAUGUUUGGGUUUCACCCUCAUCGACCCAUGUUUCGCCACCGUGCUGCUGCUACCUUGAUUGGCGGCAUGAUGUGGUUUUGGAUUCUAGUGCGCAUGAAGGAAGAUGGUCCUGUGCUGCUGGGCUGGCGCCACCCUUGGGAUCACCACGGAGACCACCAUGACAAACACCACUAG